AUGGGCAUCGUCCACAGCUCAAUCGUUCACGACUGCUUGCUUGCCGCCGUGGGCAACCAUUCGAAUCUCGUUACAUUUCAAGGGGACUUUCUCUUUGACUCCAACAUUCCCCGGUACAACUUAGACUUCCCCGUGGUCCCCGUUGCUAUCACUUAUCCGGAAACCACAGAGCAGGUGGCAGAGAUCGUCAAAUGUGCGGCUGAUAACGAUAUCAAGGUCCAGGCAUACAGUGGUGGCCACAGCUAUGCGAAUUAUGGUCUUGGAGGAAAUGAUGGGGCAAUCGUCAUACAUCAGAAGAACAUGCAGCAUUUCUCCAUGGAUACCGAAACCCAAAUUGCAACCGUUGGCCCGGGCACAAACCUCGGUGAUCUUCAGCAGCGUCUCUACCACGCCGGUAGACGAGCUGUUGCUCAUGGAUCUUGUCCUCAAGUUGGUGUGGGUGGUCACUUCACUAUCGGGGGCUUGGGUCCCAUGUCUCGUGAGUGGGGUACAGCUCUUGAUCACAUUGAGGAGGUUGAGGUAGUUCUCGCAAACUCCAGUGUUAUCCGGGCCUCUGAGAGACAGCAUCAAGAUGUCUUCUUUGCCACCAAAGGCGCUGCUUCGAGUUUCGGAAUUGUCACGGAGUUCAAAAUCCGCACUCACCAAGCUCCCACGGAAGCCAUCCAGUAUACUUACCAAGUGAACUUGGGUGAUAAUAUUGACCUGGCUCGACUUUUCAAGGACUGGCAGAGGCUGAUUAUGACAAAGAACCUGACUCGAAAGUUCUCUAGCGAAUUGGUUCUCUUUGAAGGUGGCGCUUUGUUAUCCGGUGUCUUUUUUGGUUCAAAGGAGGAGUUUCAGGCUUUUGGACUUGAGGAACAUUUUCCAAUCAAGAAUCAUGGCACCAUCGCUUACCUGACAGACUGGUUUGGAAUGCUCGCCAGCCAGGCCGAAGAUUUGAUCAUGACGACCAUGGGUGGUAUCCCAGCCUCGUUUUACGCUAAAUCGAUGUCUUUCACUCCGGAUCAGUUCAUCCUGGAUGAAGAUGUUGAUGCAAUGUUCGAGUAUCUUCACUCCGCGAAGAAAGACACCAUUGCUUGGUUCGUGAUUUUUGACUUGGAAGGCGGCGCUACGAACGACCCUGCAGUUGACGCCACUGCCUAUGCACACCGGGACACCUUCAUGUGGAUGCAAUCUUAUGCUAUCAGUCUCAUCGGUCCGGUCAGCUCUACAACCAAGUCAUUUCUGAAGGGGCUGAACAAUGUCAUAUCUUCUUCCCGUCCAGGCUCUGGCUCAUAUGGCGCCUAUCCUGGAUACGUGGAUCCAUAUAUGGAAAAGCCACAAAGCGCAUACUGGGGACCCAACCUGGCGAGACUUCAGAAAAUCAAGUCUGCGAUUGAUCCAAAUGACGUGUUUCAUAAUCCCCAGAGUGUGAAGGGGAUCAAUUGA